CGCCCUCCCCCGCCCCGCCUUAGACCCUGGGCGUGAGGGCUCCGGCACUGAGCGGGGUUGGAUACGGUGCAGCGGCGACCUGGGGGCGGCGGGACGAGCUCCAGCUCCUCCGGCGUCGCGUGUGUCCGUGAGGAGCCGCGCAGAGCUCAGGGAUUCUUAAGAAGACGUUUUAUUUUUUUUUUAUUUCUUUUUUUUGGAGGUUUCGGAACCUCUGUCCGGGCUCCUGGGGCUUGUCCCUCUUGUGGAACUCCUAGUUUUCCCAUUGAGAUCUCCCUUCCAUUGCAAAGGAAGUGGUCUCGUUUCUGUCUAUACGUUUUUUCACCCCUUGCACGAAGCCCCGGUUUGGGCUAUCGACGGCGAAGCUUUGGAGGAACAGCCGGGAGCAGUGACCCUCACGAUGUGGACCUUUCUGGGCAUCGCCUCCUUCAUCUACGUGUAUAAAAAGUGUGGAGACCUCAUGACUUAUGCUAACAAGGAGGUGCUGCUCUCCAUGUUGGUAUUUUUCUCCCUCGGCUUGCUGCUGUCCUACAGGUACCACUUCAGGGGGCCCCGGCAGCGGCAGCAGCAGAAGCAGAAGUCACACCUGGGGAUGCUCUCUGAUGUGCUCUCAGCUUUACCGCUUGUUGGAUUUUUCUGGGCCAAACCCACCCCGGGGGCUCAACAAGUCGAACAACCCAAAUCCAGAAAGGGUAAAAAAGAAGUGAACUUCUCAGAUGUGUAUCUGACAGAGACAGCUCCAAAUACAACAUUAUCGCCUCAAUAUGAUCCAGAAAUUAUCAUUGUGGGAUCAGGCGUCCUUGGUUCUUCCUUGGCGACAGUGCUCUCAAGGGAUGGAAGAAAGGUGACAGUGAUAGAGCGGGAUCUGAAAGAACCUGACAGGAUAGUUGGAGAAUUGUUGCAACCUGGAGGAUUUAAUGCUCUUCGAGACUUGGGUCUUGAAGAUACAGUAGAAGGUAUUGAUGCACAAGUGGUAAAUGGUUACAUAAUUCAUGACCUAGAGAGCAAAUCAGAGGUUGAGAUUCCUUAUCCAACAUCUGAAGAUGGACGUGUGGCCAGUGGAAGAUCUUUUCAUCAUGGCCAGUUCAUCAUGGGUCUCCGAAGGGCAGCUAUGGCAGAGCCCAAUGCAAAAUUCAUUGAGGGGACUGUGUUACAGUUGCUUGAGGAAGAUGACUGUGUCGUGGGUGUUCAAUACAAGGACAAAGAAACUGGAGACACUAAGGAACUUCAUGCACCACUUACAGUUGUAGCCGAUGGACUUUUUUCCAAGUUUAGGAAAAACUUGAUAUCCAGUAAAGUUACUGUUUCAUCCCAUUUUGUUGGUUGCAUUUUGAAGGAUUCACCACAGUUUAAAGCUAAUUAUGCUGAACUUGUUUUAGCUAAGACAAGUCCAGUGCUAAUCUAUAAGAUUUCUUCAACGGAGACUCGGGUCCUUGUUGAUAUUCGAGGGGAAAUGCCCAAAAAUUUAAAAGAAUACAUGAUUGAGAACAUUCAUCCACAACUGCCUGAUCAUUUAAAGGAACCAUUCUUAAUAGCAGUUCAGAAUGACCGUUUGAGGACUAUGCCAGCCAGCUUCUUGCCUCCUUCAGCUGUAAACAAGAAAGGUGUUCUUCUUUUAGGAGAUGCAUAUAAUAUAAGACACCCUCUAACUGGUGGAGGAAUGAGUGUUAUUUUAAAUGAUGUUAAAAUAUGGAGAAGUUUGCUCCAGGAUAUUCCAGACCUUUAUGAAGAUUCUGAAGUUCUUAAGGCAAAAAGAACAUUUUACUGGUCAAGAAAAAAAUCUCAUUCUUUUGUAGUGAAUGUUCUUGCCCAGGCACUUUAUGAACUCUUUGCUGCCAGAGAUGAUUCCUUGCAUCAGCUAAAGACAGCCUGUUUCCAUUACUUCAGACUUGGAGGAGAAUGUGUCUCAGGUCCUGUUGGAUUGCUCUCUGUGUUAUCUCCUAAACCAAUGGUACUGAUUGGCCACUUCUUUGCUGUGGCUUUAUACGCCGUUUAUUUUUGCUUUAAGUCAGAGUCCUGGAUCACCACACCUCGAGCAGUUUUCAGUAGUGGAGCUGUUCUUUACCGGAGCUGCUCUAUAAUAUUUCCACUUAUUUACUCUGAAAUGAAGUAUUUAGUCUACUAAAAUCCAGGGGAAAAUGACCAGAUGAAAAAAACAAGGAAAUCACAAUGCCUUCAAAAUCUUUGGACGUGUACUAUUUAAUAUUGUAUUAUGUUUUCUUCUCUUCAAAAUGCAAUUUCCUUGAUAAGGAUUUAACUUAAUUUUGGUUUUGUGGUUCUAUACAUAUAUAUUAUAUGUAAAUAUUCUUUUCUUUGCGAUUUAAGUUCAAAAAGGAGUUAGCUGUUUACAAAGACCAUAAUUAAGUGUUGACACGUGGUAGAUAAUUGCCAGUUUUGACAGAAUUUCUUUCCUUGCUUUACCCAUUGCUGAGUGCACCACUAAUAUUAAUAAACUGAGAAGUGAGAACUGUAAAGCAUAUGCUGCUAUUAUCCUUCAUGCUUUUUCUGUUCAGUAGUUCUAUAGACUGUUUCUUUAUUACUGUGAAGUAUUGUAACCUUCUUGAAUUGGGUUAUUUUGUUAGGAUUUGCCUCUGUUCUGUUUCAGUUGCAGGUGAGAUACUAGCCUGUUGGCACUUAAAAGGACAUUGUAAAGGAUGUCAGGUUUUGAUGUGUCACCAUAUCUUUAACUUGAGUCACUGUUGCCAGUACCAUGUUGCUCUUCUGAAUUCAUUCUUUACACUGGAAUUCAUUUAAACAAGUAAUAAUCAAACUAUAGCUGUGUUGGCUACUGCAGUGCACUCAGGUACUGAAAGCACAUGUUUUUUGGAAAUUUCUUCCUAUCUCACUUCCUUUUAAAACCUUGGGAGUUUGGAUUUGUGUGUGCAACUGAAGUUUAACGCUGCCACAAACUGAAGCACAGCAACAAACUUUAUCCACUGAAACAAAUUCAGUCUGGGCUAUUUCCAGUAGAGAGUAAUCUUUAAUAUUACUUCUAAAAAUUAAUGAGAAGUACCAUGAAAGUGUCCUUUUAAUACUUGGAGUAUGGUGGGAUUAUUUUUCCUGUAGGAAUUGCUGCAUGCUACUAAAGAGUUCAUAUCUAUUCCUGUUGGUCACUAUUCCUCUCAAUGUUCUCAUUAUCAGUGUGCUUUCCUUUGUUCUUGUGUGUCUGCAUUUUACUUUGCCUUUUCUGUGUUUGACUUGGGGAUGGCUCCACUCUUGGCUUGCCUAAACAAUCACACUUGGGUGCAGCCAACAGUCUGGGAAACAGUAACAGAUUUUGUUCUUCUAUACUGGUGAAACUGUGACUCUAUCUUGAAAAUGGCAGCUUGCAUAAGCUGUGUAUAAACACAUUUUAUCUUGGACUGUGAAAAAAAUCUGUGGAGAGACUUUAUUUAGUAUUUUAUUUGAUGAAUAUGACCUGUUCUUUUCCAGAAGCAAAAGUAUGUAUAUUUUUCUAACCAUGAUCACUUUUGAUACCCUCUUGAAAUUACACCCAUCAUGAAUAUGUCUAUGUUUAAACUUUAGGGUGAAGUACUAAUAUUUUCAAAUAUCAUUAUAUAUGGUAACUAAAUGAUACCCCUUUAGGGGUACACAAAGUUUGCAGAAUUUAUACAAGUGUUUUCAAAAUUUGUGACAAUUUUGAAAAUAUUGAUUAAUUUUACAUUUUCUAUUUUUUUAUAUUAUUUGCAGUUAGUCUCUUUGAAGUCAAGGAUAAAAAGUCUUGAGCCAAAUACACAUCCUCAGCUUACUUAAAUAAAAAGUUACAAUAUAUGUAGAUUA